GCCACAAUGAAGAGAAAGAGUUGUAGUCCUUGCGACUCUCUCGUGAGCUUGUUUGACGAUGAUGAAUUGGAGGUUUCUAAAAUCCUGUUCGAAAUUCCUCGGAUAAUCUUCCAAUCUGACAAUCGCAAUCGUCUUUUAGUCGCUUGGGGCGUUAGGAAGAGAAGAUCUGCCAUUGAUCCUGACUUAUAUCCGCCUUCUGUUCCUUCAUCGUCGUCGCCUCAUCUUCCCAGUUCUUGUGUGGGUCCGACUUGUGACGAUGAUGAUCCUCCAGCGAAGGUUGAACCUUCCAGCCCUGCCACGCCUCUCUCCUUCUCCCCCAGCGAAUCUGAUGGCAAGUCUAAGCGCUAUAAGAAGAGUGUUUCAUCUAAAAAGAAGAAGGAAAUUUUGUUGAAGAUGAUUGAGGAUUUGACUCAUCAGAAAGAGUUCCUAAAGACGGUGACUCAUCAGAAGAAGGAGACUCUUGGACCGGAACUAGUUGCGCCGUUGGAUCUCAACCUCAGUAUUGCUCUGAACGCUGAUACCACACAACUAAAGAGGGCUGCAGCUGCUCAGGCCAGGAAGAAGAGGCUUCAGAUUUACAAAGUGAAGAAAUCCAAAGGCUGUUCAGGUCCCUCUAUCCUCUCUUUUGGAUAGCGGUUCAAAAUUGAUUCAUCUCUUCAAUGGAAGUUUUAUUUUCCCGGAAUUUUUAUGAUGGAUUCAAUCUCUGAUACAAUAGAUAUACCUUUGUUGUUAUAUUUCAUCUCUUCAACAAAUUUAGUAAUAAGCAGGAUAUUGCGAAUGUCGAGCGGUUCUACAAGCAGUUGAAAGCUCUCAACUCAGAAUUAAAGGCAAAAAAACAACAGUUGAAUCUUGAUACGGCAAUAACCGAAGCCAGAGUGGAGAGCAGAGAGCAAGACCAUCAUCAACAGCCACUGCCACUCCUCCUUCACGACUCUGCCCCAGCCAGUGCUUUGGUGGCCAACCCUAUGGGCCCACGUGUUAUACCUGAUCUCAACGUCUCCCCGGAGGAGACUCUUGGACCGGAACUAGUUGCGUCGUUGGAUCUCAACCUCAGUAUUGCUCUGAACGCUGAUACCACACAACUGAAUAGGGCUGCAGCUGCUCAGGCCAGGAAGAAGAGGCUUCAAAUUUACAAAGUGAAGAAACCCAAAGGCGGUUCAAGUCCCUCUAUCCUCUCGCUUGGUUAGCGGUUCAAAAUUGGUUCAUCUCUUCAAUGGAAGUUUUAUUUUCUUGGAAUUUUUAUGAUGGAUCCAAUCUCUGAUAGAAUAGAUAUACCUUUGUUGUUAUAUUUCAUCUCUUCAACAAAUUUAGUAAUAAGCAGGAUACAAAUCAAUU